GGAGAGCAGUAGGUAGCAGUUAGGACCGUUUUAUCUCCGAUGCUUCCAUCAUGUGAGGGACACAAAGAGCGUCCUUAAUCAACAUGAAGUCGGAUUUUUUGGUCGAUGGUUGAUUCCGAGGCGCCGUACAGGCUGCUGACCGGGAGGAAUGCGCAGAGGUGGUCAUUUUCCCGGACUGGGGAGGUGGGAGGCGACGGCCACAGCAGUGUUGUGAGACCGAGAGGACUAGUGUCAGCUAGCUAGCAUAACAGAAGGACUUCCGGAUGAUAUUUUCAAAAUAAAAAAAUAUAGGUCGAGAACAUGUUCCGUAUCAUGGAAGUUUAAAAAAUACUAGUUUCACUGAUACAUUACAAACCUUUACAGACAAAGAAGUGGUGGGUUUAUGAGUAUGCUACAACCUUCCGUAUUACUUACCCCUUUUAAACGCAAGAUCGACUAACGUAGUGCUUUUACUUCAGUGGAAACCCAGCCCAACGAUUGUUAGCUCUUGCUAGCUUGACACGUACAAGACGGGGUGAAGUUACAAAGCCUCCAACCAAAACAAGACUUUACAGUCUGUGGUCGACAACGACGCCUUGUUAUGAAUGGGACCUGCCUCGUCUCGCUGUGUGUUCCUCCAGCCAAAAGCGUUUUAAACCGCAGGACCCGUCGUUUGCUUGAAGUCGGAGCCCCGGUGGAAAACACGGUUUGCCCUAUGAGAUCAACAUGUUCUGUCCAACACUGACAAACAAGAAGAAGCUCUUGUAGCCGGGGGGAGGAUUGCCUGCCCUGACUUUUCCUCCUCCUCCUCCUCCCUCCUGGGAUCAAUGACGGGACCCAACUCCCCAAGCCGGACCGGCACCUCCCCGGCCAAGCUGAGCAGACACGGCCGGUCCAAGAGCACCAGCUCACACUGCCUCCUCCGCUGCAGCACCCAGGAGGAGUCCUCCGCCUCUCCUCCUAAUAACAGCUCCAGGUCCCCCGUGGAGGAAGAGGAGAAGGAUGGAGGGGUCCUUUUCUAUGUUAACAGGACCGGUUUUCCCAUCGAGAGUGUAACCUGGGAGAGGAUGUGGUCCCAUGUGGCUGCUGUGCACCCCGAGGGGCAGGAGAUGGUGGACAGGAUACGAAACGCUGCAUACCUUCCGAAGCAUGCUGUCCCCUCAGUCCCGACCUUCAAACCGUCCACGUCGGUCCCGGACUGGCUGGUGGCCGUCCAGAACUACAUGAAGGCUCUGCAAUACAACCACACAGGGACCCAGUUCUUUGAAAUCAAGAAGAGCCGUCCACUCUGUGGGUUAAUGGAGACAGCAAGAGAGAUGAUCAGGGAGUCUUUGCCAAUCAAAUGUCUUGAAGCCGUCAUCCUGGGAAUCUACCUGACCAACGGGCUGACGUCUCUCGAGCGGUUCCCCAUCAGCUUUAAGACCCAGUUUUCGGGCCACUGCUUCCACCACGUCGUGUUGGGCGUCUACUGCAACGGCCGCUACGGAUCACUGGGCAUGAGCCGCCGCCAGGACCUGAUGGACAAACCGCUGACCCACCGCACACUGGGAGAACUGGUGGCCGAGUUCGAGAGCUCCUACAAGAGAUACCAGCACACUCUGAAGAAGGUGAAAAUUGGCCUGUAUGUGCCUCACGACCCCCACAUCUUCCAGCCAAUCGAGUGGAAGCAUUUGGUGCUGAAUGCUGCCCGACUGGGAGCUCAGGAGAUGAGGAAGGAGCUUGAGAAACACGGCCGGGACAUGAGGAUGAAGAUCCUGAAAUCGUCCAGCGCUCAGUCACCAAUCAAAGAGCGGAGCCGGGGGAAAUCCUUAUCACCACGGCGACGACAGAGCAGUCCCCAGCAGCGCUUCACACACCGCAGAGACAAAUCGCCGGCCUCGGUGGAGAGGAAACCUCCGGAGCUCAGCACUCUCAACGACGGCUACCAGAUCCGCAUCUGAUCCCCUACCUCACCCCCCAAGCAUCGCAUAAUCCGUCCGGCCUCCUCGGCCACCCUGACUCGAGUCUCCACCUGUUGUUUCGGCGAGGAGCCGCUGCAGAGUCACAAGAGCUUUCACGUUUCUAUCAUGUCGCUGAAGCACCUCCACUCUGACGCAGGAGCAGUUCAGAAGAAGCUGAUUUAUUUCUAGAUUUCAGGAGGCAGUUAAGGGCUGAGAGCGCUCGUGUCCUGAUAACAGACGUAACCGAGACCUUCUGUGACCCCUCAGUGACCACGAGUCUUAGCGAAGGGCUUCAACAGGAAGUGAUGAAGAAGAAAAGGUUGAUGAGAGUCACAACAAAAAGACGUUACACCGCUAAGAGUUUGUUGUGUUAUUGAGUGAAAUGAUCAGUUGAUCUAUAGCAGCUUCCCCUCUGUGAACGUAGGCAGUUAACAUCGUUUGUCAGGAGCGGCAGCUUUCCAACAUGGCGGUGUUCAGAGGCCUGGAGGCGACAGGGAGACGGAGCCAACGUGAGAUCGCAGGUGUAGCUGUUGUUGUUUACUCUCACUGCUCAACUACAGCAGCAGAAAAAGGUCGCUGAAGGAAAGUUUCAGGUACUCUGACUCUUCCAAAACCUUUUCCUGAACCAACAGCAGUUUAAACCCGACGAGUAAGUAGACUUCCAUAGGCAGCGUCUAUUGAUCAGAGCGGACGAGCGCAGAAUGAGGAGAGGACGUUCAAUAAGGUAUGCAGGGAAAUCAAAGACGCCGAGUCGAUAGAGAGCGAAAGGAUAGAAGAGGAGAGAAGAGAGGAGGGGGGGUGAUGUAGAGCGAGGAGUCGCUGCAGAAGAUCAGAGAACAAUCAGAACCAUCAUUAGAGCACUGCAGCAAACUUCCUGUAGCCCUCCUCCUCCUCCACCACCUCCUCCUCCUCCCUCUGUUGACACGUAACUGACGAGGGAACCACAGCUCUGUUUCCAUCCAAACUGCCUGAAGAACGGCAGAAAUAUUUGAUGCUGAAUACGACGACAGAAAAGCUGCUGAGCUCGUCAGCUGAGCUGUCAUUCACAGUCCACAGCAUCAUUUAUUUCACCUGGUUUCUGUGGUUGGAUGGAAGCUUAGCUGUGGGUUACACUUUACAGGUGGAGUAAUCUCACUGACCCCUGCACUAAAAAUGACUCCGCCUGUGUUGCUGCAACACGACCGAUCUUGACCGGUGGAGCAGGAAAACCUGAGGGCUCAUGACUUGAUGAGAGGGAUGAGAAACACACAGAAUUUCUUCAAAUGUUUGCAUUUUUCCUCUUCAGGCCUCUAAAAGUCCUUCAGACUUUUCCUCUUUGGUUAAACUGGACUGGACUCGACCUGAGACGAAGGGUCACAAUUCAACACAGGCCGGGAACCGCUGAUCCAGACCAGCAGCUUUGAGAGGCCUGAAGAGGUCAAAGUAUUCAGUUUGACACAAGAAAUAAAGCAAAUGUUAGAUCGUCGUCCCCUUAAUCAACGUGAGGUCGCUCAGAUUUUGGAAACUAAUAAUCUAACCAGACAUAAGACAGAUAUAAAUCGAGAGAUGUUUGAUGUUCGCAGCUGCUGCCUCCACAGCUGGAAAAUAAAACAACUGAGCUGGUCCCAGUUCAGCCACAGUUUGUCCACGCGAGGAGUGGAGGCAGAUGCUGUUGGCUGAGCGAACGCUGAUGUAGCGGUCUGUGCGGGCUGACGGCGGAUCAGGACCGCGGGGUCAGCGCCUCUCCAGAGCUCCCAGAUGAUCGUCUGGUCCCAAAAACACUUCUGUUUUUCACAUUUCUGCGUUUAAAUCUCCAAGCUCAUCAGCGACCGUGAGCGAUGCGCUCUGCUUCGUGUCCGUGUUCGUGUCUUUCAAUCACUCGCUCGUGUUUUCAGUUCUUCGCCGGAGACGAAUCAGAGUCAGGAAACCACAAAGUUGUCAGAGCAGCUCGAUGAAUCGCGCUCUCGCUCUGUGAAGCUUCGGUACCACGUGGCCUACGAGCGUCCAUUCAGCACUGUGUGCACUGCCUCACGCUCGCACGCGUGAUGAAGCGCUUGAAUUUGAUUGGUUUUUAGAUUCUCUGCCAACAUUUUGUCUGAGCUUUUCGUUCCAACGCCGAGCUAUGCACACGCUGCUUAGAGAGCGACAGAUGAAAUCCGAGUCUUCCACAACUCAAAGGAUGGAGGAGGAAGGUGUUCGCGGCUCCAUCGACACAGGAGGAAAUGACCUUCUGGAGCAGCUGAAAUAAAUCCUGAUCGUUUAGGAUCAGCCUGAGCUACAACCACUGAUUCAAGGUGCUGAGAGAAGCACAGACCAGAGACGGAGAUCUGACCACGUCUCCAGCUCCGGCACCAGCCAACCAGCUCCACCCGUUAACGUUGGUGCGUUCUACAGGCUCGAUGUUUGGUAGAAGAAGCACAACGCCGCUUUGCUUUCUGAGCGUUCGGAGUCCUGUUUCAGUCAAACGGACCAAAGAGUUGAUGCGUUUUCAGCGCGAAGGAGCAACACAUCAGGAAAGACAAAGAUAUUUUCUCACUGAUGUUUCUGUGUUUUUGGAAUUAUACAAAGUGGAGACUAAAGGACCUGAAGUUCACUAAUUUCUCUGGGUGCAAAAAUGACAAACAUAAAAAAAAAAACAAAAAAAAAAAACAGCAGUGACAAACUACCCGACGGCUCCGCAGGGACUCAGACUGUGAACCGCCUGAAACUGACGCUCGAUGUAGCAACUGAAUCUGUUUCUUAAAGUCGGUUUGCGAUAGAGACUCGUGUGCUCGACCGUUUCUCUGACUGAAUGUUUUCUUUCUUUGUUUUUUUUAUAAGUUUGUGUUUGACUUCGUUUGGGUUUGGUUAAUUGAUUGUACCGUAGAAGCACCGUGAAGGAGGUGUUCUUUGUGAUGGCCUUUGAUUUGUUUCCAAAGUGCUCAGACCACUUUUCUCAACUCCAGCUUGGUCCCAAACUGUACUGUAAAACGUGCCGUUCUGAAAUCAGCCAUUAAUAAGACGACUUUUAACACGCUGGACGCAAAUCCGAACAUCUUGAAUCUCUGCUUUGGCCCAUUUUAAUCAAUAAUAUCGUUCUCUGCUACCUGAUGAGCUCAAAGGUCGCUAAUCACUUAAAUCCAAAAGUUCCUUGUUGCAUAACGACGAUAAUGAAAUUAAAAUUUUUUGCUGGCCAAAAAAAAAAAAAA